GGUAGUUCUUUCAGACAGAGGUAGUGAUCGGGUGUAGUUAGUGUGGUUGAGUUUGUGCGUGUUCAAGGGUUUGAGUAAAUUUGUGUGCACCAUGAGCUGGCAGGAUUAUGUAGACAAGCAGUUGCUGGCUUCUAAAUGUGUUACUAAAGCAGCAAUUGCUGGACAUGACGGAAAUGUUUGGGCGAAAUCGGAAGGAUUUGAAGUAUCGAAAGAAGAAAUUGCAAAGUUGGUGCAAGGUUUUGAGAAACAAGAUAUCUUGACGUCUUCUGGUGUCACGUUGGCUGGCAACAGAUAUAUUUACCUGUCUGGAACUGAUAGAGUUAUUAGGGCAAAGCUUGGAAAGGUUGGUGUGCAUUGCAUGAAGACACAGCAAGCUGUUGUAGUUUCACUAUAUGAGGAUCCCAUCCAACCACAACAGGCAGCCUCUGUUGUGGAAAAAUUAGGGGAUUACUUAGUGUCCUGUGGAUACUAGAGGUAUAAUAGACUGUUCUCGUGUGGUGAUAUGAAGAAGCAGCAGCAGCAACAACAGAGAUGGUCGUUUUUUUCUAUACAGCGAACUGUAAUGUGCAUCAUGGUUCUGGCUAAUAAUUCAGUUUGAGUUUAAACUCAUAUGGUGAAAAUCUUGAACUGCAUUUUUCUUUUCUCAGUACCUUGUGUCCGGAUGUUUGUGGCAAGUAUUGCUUCAGUUUGUGAAUGAGGCAUUGAGCAUAUCAUGGGCUCUUGGAAGUGGACAAAUUGUUGGCAACGUUCUCCAAAGUACACUUUGGCUAGUAAUCCAAGGUGUACCUCGAAGUUCGCCUGGAAUGAAAAUUGAAGAAUUGUAGCUGAUACUAGUAUGACCAUUGCAUUUGAUACUGAGUCAUUAGGAUUUUUAUAAUCUCUAGUCCUGCUCUUUCUACCCCAUAUCUUUCCCUUUGCCGUGUGAAAUUUGGUUGAAAAUUAAUUUAUUGGCGAAGUCUUCAAUGCUUUAGAACCCAGUGUACUCAUUCCUUGUCUAUAUGUAUCACAACCAAUAAAGUCAGAAGCUUGAAUGACAAAUAUUGGUGGAGCUCAGAAGGAGGGCUAGCGCAGUGUGCGUAGUGUCUCCUGCCUGCACUGUGAUUGUGGUGUAAUUUUAAGAUGGUUUGCAGACUAUAAAUAUAAUGGAUAAAAGCUCGUUUUAGUGCUAUGUUGCUGAAAGGAUUUGUGGUGGCUUUGAUUUUUACUACGGUCUAAUUUAAACAAUAAUUAGCUUUGUAAAAGAAUUGAAUAUGGAAUUUGAGAAAUUUACCAAAAUCAAAUUUGUAUAAAAGUAUGGCAUAGUCAGUUGAAUGACUUUUACUGCAUCUUUGUGUUGAAGUAAAAGUUAUUCAGCUAAUGUGAAAACUGGGGGAAUAUGAAUUUUACAGUAAUCUUUUUUAUGUAAAGCGUUAGUGUAGCAAAGUUUAUAUAUCUUGUUUCCUAUAAUUUAAAGAGAUAUUUUUGUCCGUAAAAUGGAAUUAUCUUGGCCCCGGCCUUUUGUGCUCUACUUCAGGGGGCGAGAGCAAUUGUGUGCCAAUUGUAUACCAACUUCAGAUUAGUAUCCUGCUGGAUUUAUACAUUUUGUACUGAUUUUAAUGACCACUGUAUUCCAGUAUUUUUCGUUAUUCUUAUGAAUUGUACUGUUCCCCUUCAGGGCCCCCAAUAAAAAUUAAUCAAAAAGUG